CUUUUCCCAAUACUUUAUUGAAGCCUCCAAGGUCCCAACUGCAAGUUGGAAUAAAAAAACAAAUAAAGAAAUUAAACAACUCAUGGAUUCCAUGGAAUCACACUGAGACGCUGCGAAUUGUUACCAUUGCUGAUAAUGCUCCUCUCUUUCUACCACAAACCAUGUCUUUCUUUCCGGUAAAGAUUACAACUUUCCCGGAAAAAAACAAAACAAACGCUUUCCCGGAAAAUGUCCGAUCCUGAAGACGAUACCCAAGCGCCAGCCAUUCCGCCGAAGCCAAAGAACGAACGAGAGGCUGCUCUCAUGGACUUUGAUCUCGACCUCGACGCUUUCUGGCCGUUGGAUCCGAAUCACUUCCUCUCGAACCCCACAUCGCCGCUCUUGUUGCCGUCCAAUGACCAGCCCUGCACCCCUUUGUGGGCUUUCCCCGACGGCGAUGUCGAUGGUGAAGAUAAGCUCGCCGUGCAUGUUGGUCAAGAUCUCUCUGACCCUUCUCAAUUCGUUUCCUGUAAUUCUAAUUCCGUAACACAAGGGUCAACAGAGAACAAGGAUAACAGACUGGAACCUGUUGAAAGUUCAGAUGGUUAUAGUUUAUUUAAAGAGAAGAUCACUCAAGCACUUAGGUACCUCAAGGAAUUGACUGACCAAAAUGUUCUAGCUCAGGUUUGGGUACCAGUAAAGGACGGAAAUCGGUAUGUACUCACAACUUCAGGGCAGCCGUUUGUACUUGAUCAACAUAGUAUUGGACUUCAUCAGUAUAGGAUGGCCUCUCUGAUGUAUAUGUUUUCUGUGGGUGGGGAGAGUGAUGGAAUGCUUGGGCUUCCUGGCCGCGUUUUCCAGCAUAAAUUGCCCGAAUGGACUCCAAAUGUUCAGUACUACUCCAUUAAAGAGUAUCCACGGCUUGGUCAUGCUCAGCAUUACAAUGUUCAGGGAACCUUAGCUUUGCCCGUGUUUGAGCCCUCUGGACAGUCUUGUGCUGGUGUACUUGAGCUCAUAAUGACUUCUCCUAUUAUCAACUGUGGUCCUGAGGUUGAUAAAGUUUGCAAAGCACUUGAGGCGGUAAGCUUGAAAAGUUCAGAGAUACUGGAUCAUCCAAGCAGGCAGAUUCAAAUAUGCAAUGAAGGUCGCCAAAUUGCAUUGGCUGAAAUCUUGAAGAUACUGACAGUGGUAUGCGAAACUUACAAAUUACCACUUGCUCAGACAUGGGUUCCCUGUAUGCAUCGAAGUGUUUUGGCUUAUGGCGGGGGCCUGAAGAAGAGCUGUACUAGCGUUGAUGGCAGUUGCAUGGAACAGGUCUGCAUGUCUACAACUGAUGUUGCAUUCUACAUUAUAGAUGCUCAUAUGUGGCGUUUUCGAGAUGCCUGCGUUGAACAUCACUUACAAAAGGGUCAAGGGGUUGCUGGGAGGGCAUUUUCAUCCCGUAACGCUUGCUUCUGUGGAGACAUUACCCAAUUCUGCAAAACUGAGUACCCUUUAGUACACUAUGCCCGCAUGUUUGGUUUAGCCAGCUCUUUUGCUAUCUGCUUACAGAGCACUCAUACUGGAAAUGAUGAUUAUAUUCUAGAAUUUUUUCUGCCACCAAGUAUCAUGGACAGUCAUGAACAACAAACUUUGUUGGGCUCCAUAUUGGCGAUAAUGAAGAAUGAUUUCCGGAGUCUCAGUGUUGCUUCUGGUAUUGUACUUGAAGAGGAGGGAAUAGUUGAAAUUGUUCAAGCUUCUACAAAUAACGGGCUUGCCACAAGACUUGAAUGUAUACUGAUACCCCAUUCUGUGGAAUCACCACCAGGGCCUGCCUUACCUAACAGAGAAGAGAUGGCACAACUAGAUUCAUCGAAACCACAGUUAAAGGUAGUAUAUGAUGUUGUAAAUGAUGGGAGAAAUUCUGUUCAUGAAGGUGGAGAAAACAAUAUUUCUCUCCCAGAGAAUAAAGACAUAAAAAAGAGACCGGAGAAGAAGCGUGGAAAAGCAGAGAAAUCAAUUAGUCUAGAGGUUCUCCAACAAUAUUUUGCAGGGAGUCUUAAAGAUGCUGCAAAGAAUCUUGGAGUUUGCCCCACUACAAUGAAGCGCAUCUGCAGGCAUCAUGGAAUCUCCCGCUGGCCAUCUCGCAAGAUCAAGAAGGUCAACCGUUCUCUCACUAAGCUACAACGCGUAAUUGAAUCAGUUCAAGGUGCUGAAGGAGCAUUUGGUUUAACUCCUCUUACUGCAAGUCCACGUCCGGUUGCUGCUGGCUCCAUUUCUCAGCCUUAUAAUUUAAAUGGUUCUAAUAAACAAGGUUCACCAAGCUCUAAACCUUGUGAAGUUUCUGGAGAAAAGAAAGACUCAACCACCUCUACUUCACCAGGAACAGAGGGCCAGGCUGGGAUUGACAAUCAUUUGUUAGAUUGGCGGAUACCGAGUCACGAGGAACUUGUUCCAGAACAUAACAGGUUUCUGCGAGACAGGGGUAAAGGCUCAAACACAUCCAACACAGGAAGCAGCUCAAGGGAGGCCAGUGCUGGUACCCCUACGUCUCAUGGUUCAUGCCAAGGUAGUCCUGGAAAUGGAAUUGCCGUGGUAAACUAUCCCUUUGUUCCUUUCGUCCAUGAACAAUGUAUUGAAGUAAAUGGCUCCCCUCAAUCAGCAGUUCGAACACCGGAGGAGUCAAAUUUAUUAGUUGCAUGCUCAAUACCCGAUGCUCUCCUGAUGGCAGAACCUGAGGAACCAUGUAGAGGAAUGCUAUUAGAGGAUGCUGGAAGUUCAAAAGAUUUGAGAAAUCUCUGUCCUUUGGCAGACACAAUAAUGGACGAGCAAGUUCGAGAAGCUUGUAACACAAACCCUCCAUUUUCAGAUUCAGCUCCCAAGCAAUCCAACACAAUGCCAGAUAUCAUGGGCAGGCAAGAAAUGAAGAGUGUAACCAUAAAGGCGACAUAUAAAGAGGACAUUAUUAGGUUUCGUGUGUCGAUGAGUUCAGGUAUUGUGGAGCUGAAAGAGGCAGUGGCAAAGAGAUUAAAACUGGAAGUGGGCACAUUCGACAUCAAAUAUGUGGAUGAUGACCUUGAACGGGUUCUGGUAGCCUGUGAUGCAGAUCUGCAGGAGUGUAUGGAAGUUUGUAGAACAUCAGGCAGCAAUAUGAUCAGACUCUCGGUUCAUGACAUAAUGUCCCAUCUCGGGAGCUCUUGCGGGAGUGCGUAAGGAUGACGAUUAAAUUGUAAAAUAUGGUUAGUUUUCAAGUGAAGGGAUAAGUUUUGUAUUUUCUCUUUUGUUCUUGCCAAGGUGUAGGUGUAGAUUCUUCGAGGUUUGCUUCAGUUUUGCUCCCUCAGUACCUCAAUUUCAAUGGAUUGUAAAUUACAAUCGAUAUAUAUCUAUAUAUAUAUUCUGGUAUUAA